AUGAGUAAGGACACCAUCAACGAUACCGAAACCGCGCCCACAGUCCCUGAGGGUCAGAAGGACUCUCUCAGCUCGUUCGUCGCCACUCUCGCCAGCUUCUCAGGAGACCUCUCUUCCCUCACUUGCCCCAGCUUCUUACUUAGCUCCGUCAGCUUGCUCGAGUACAGUCAGUACUGGGGUGACCAUCCCAAACUGUUUGCUUCCAUCUCCAAGGGCGAGACCCCAGAGGAGCGUCUGUUGAACGCUACUCGGUGGUUCAUCUCGACUUUGUACGGAUCGUACUCUUCCAGAUCUACCACUGCUGGCAUGGAGAAAAAGCCUUACAACCCAGUCCUUGGCGAGCAGUACUUUGCCCAAUGGACUGGCGACGAAGAGACUGGGGACACAAUCUUGAAGGCCGAGCAAGUCAGCCAUCACCCUCCUAUCAUGGGCUUCCACCUCGAGAACAAGAAGGCUGGCGUUAUUCUGGAAGGUCACUGCGGUCAAAAGUCUCGAUUCGCCAUGCCUGCAGGAAUUGAUGUCUCCCAGACCGGCCACGCCAUCCUCAACUUGCCCCAGUUCAAGGAGCAUUACCUGAUUACCCUGCCCAACCUCAACAUUCGCGGCAUGGUCACCGGCCGUCCUUCGGUCGAGCUGUCUGGAACGACCUAUAUUGUCAGCAGCGCAGGACAUAUGACAACCAUCGAGUACAGCACCAAGGGAUACUUUUCAGGAGAACGUCACAGCUUCAAGGCCACGUUGAAGCCCAUCGAGGGAGGAUCGGUCUCCUAUACUGCCCAGGGUGUCUGGAGUGGAGUGUCAAAUUACACCGACAACAAGACCAACGAGACCAGCCUGUUCUUUGACUCGGAUACGGACCCGAGAGUCGCACCCGAACUGAAGCCCCAGGCGGAGAUGGGUGAUUUGGAGUCUCACAAGCUGUGGUCGCAGGUGACGAAUGCGAUCAACAACAAGGACUACUCGACAGCGUCGCGGGUGAAGGCACAGAUCGAGGAGGCGCAGCGUGCUCUUGCCAAGGCUCGCAAAGAGAAGGGCGAGACGCAAGCGGAUGCCUUGAAGGUGUUUGAGCUGGUGUCGGAAGACGAUGACGAGACGGGCAAGGCAUUCCAGGAGCUGAAGGGCAAGCUUGUGGCGGCUGUGGGGGCCAAGGCUCUGAAGGAGGACGACACGAAACCCCACUGGAGGCUGCGUCAGUAA